AUGCUCUCCCGCCAAGCUGUCCGCGGCGCUCACCACGCCGCCACAGCCAAGCAGCUGCCUGCUCCGGUUUGAACUGGUUGAUCCUCAAAAAGCAAAAAAUUUUUUUUUCAGGUUGAGAGAGUCACGAAACUGGGCUCGGGGUUGACUGUUGCUUCCUUCGAAAUGCAUGGACCACUUUCCCAGCUGGUUUGCAUUUUUUAUUUUUUCCGACAAAUAAUCGAAAAAGGUUACAUUUGGAAAUUCCUUUCUAUUGUAGUUAUGUUUCCAAUUUCAGAGUUUUCGGCGCGAUAAGUAGAGUAUAAGCCAACAUUUUUCUUAUUUCUUCUUGAGUCAGUCCCCAUUGGCGUUUCAUAAAAAGUCAAAAAUAUAAUUUAAUUGUAAGAAUGUUCAUAGUUCUGCAGGUUCUCGCGUUCCGAGCUGGAACUCGAUAUGAACAAUCCCAUCAAAAUGGUCUGGUUCAUGCGAUCAGAUGCUUUGCCGGCCGCGACACCAACUCUUACCCCGGAUCGUCUGUAGUUUGGUCGGCUGCUGACUCUGGUGCUAACAUUGUGAGCGCUUUCUCGUCAGUCAAAAUAUAUAAAGUUGUCAGCGUUCUUUUGCGACGCGUGACGUCUUCGGUGUUGCUUUCACAGUGACUCGUGACCAGACGGCUCGAGCUCUUUCCAUUUUGGGCCAUGCUGGUGCUCAACCAGCUUUCAAACCUUGGGAGCUGGAGGACGUUCGUUUUGAAUAAAUUUGAAGAUCUCAAAAAAAAAAUUCAAGGUCUUGCCGCUCGUUCGCAGCGAUAUCGCCCAUAGAACUUCUUACGACAUCGUAUUCGAUGAUAUUCACAGGGCUGCAUUCAGGUAAGGUUUUAAUUCUUCUUUUGAGGUUCUCAUUUUUGUUCAGAAAUUCCGCUUUGGCCAAUCCGCUGUAUGCGCCUACUGAACGAGUUGGCAAAGUUUCUACUAAUGAUCUUGCAGCUUUCGCUGUGAGUUUUUGAUUCAUUUCACCAAAAAUUGAAGUUUUUGAAUUCAGAAGAAACAUUUGGUGACGGGUUCGGCGAUCCUUUAUGGAACUAACAUUGAUCACGACACUUUGAUUGCUUAUGGAGAGAACCAUUCUCCCAUUGCGCACGGAGCUGGAGGAUCUUCUUCGACUUCCGAUUACAAAGUUGGUAUUUUUGAAGCUGCAAGAUUUAGAUGA